UGAAGGCAUAAAAUUCAGCCCACUGAAACUUUUCUCUUAUUAAUUUUAUUACCUUCUUCUUCGAAUUUCUUCCAAUGGAAUAUCAACCUCUCGAGAUGUUAAUGUGCAUUUUUAACAUUAUAUUCUAUCAUCUAUUUGUUCCCUUAUUGCAGAAGAUUGUACUGAAGAAACUGGAGAAAGCAUUAUUCAAACUCACAGGUGUCUCUUCGCACACUAUAAACACAGAUGAAAAUCUUGUAUCCCUAUCAGCAACGGUGGAUCCAGAUACAAUCAUCAAACUUACUUAUGCAAAAUUAGCAAAAAAGGCAAAUCCUGUAUCCUAUGAGCCACAAUCUACAGACGACGAAGGGGAAAAAUCAAAGAACACAAAAACUAUGGAGGAUAAAGAUUUGAAGAAAAGUAAAUCUCAACACAAAAUGCACAAAAAUUGCUGUUGUCAAGAUAGAUCUUGUCCCAUGAUGAGAAUUAAUAAGCAUAAAUGUGAAGUGUAUGAUCCACCCGCCCAGGUUAAAGACUUUGUUUGCAGAAAUUAUUUCUGCAAACUACAUCCCAGGAGUCGGAAAAUUACUGAUACGGUGCCCGAAGACGAGAGUAGUGCAUAUGGAUAUAUGCCAAACUAUGUACAAGGGUAUUAUGGUGGAGCAAAUCCUUGGUAUCCUAUUAGAGGCUCGUAUUAUCCGAGGGGGUACCUAGAGAGGCCACCAGCUCGAUAUGGAUAUUAUCCGCCAAACUAUGUACAAGGGUAUUAUGGUGGAGCAAAUCCUUGGUAUCCUAUUAGAGGCUCGUAUUAUCCGAGGGGGUACCUAGAGAGGCCACCAGCUCGAUAUGGAUAUUAUCCGCCAAACUAUGUACAAGGGUAUUAUGGUGGAGCAAAUCCUUGGUAUCCUAUUAGAGGCUCGUAUUAUCCGAGGGGGUACCUAGAGAGGCCACCAGCUCGAUAUGGAUAUUAUCCACCACCGAGGAGGCCACAACCUCCAUAUGGUUACUAUUAGAGAAGGCCUAUUCCGUCAAGAUUCUUUGCUGCACCUAGAUUCUAUAUCUUCUUCCUGCAUAUUUUAUGUAGGAUCUUCUAUUACAUUUUGUAAGAUUUUGUGUUGCUUUAAAAUA